CAGCACCAUGUCGCUCAACACGUCGCACACACCCGAUGGCCAAGGCAUUUUGAUUUAUAAUGGAGAAAUGAUUCUUCUCUACACAACAAAUGUAAAGCUGAAGUUCGAGAAGUACAAUGUUCCUGCGUUCAAGUCCACCAAGUCGGGAGCCCUCUAUCUCACUUCACACAGAAUAAUUUUCAUGAACGAGAGCAAGAAAGAUGAGUUCAAAUCCUUCGCGAUGCCAUUCAAUUCAGUGCGAGAUGUGAAACUUGAACAGCCACUUCUCACCCCAAACUAUCUCAAGGGAUGGGUUCAACCAAUGCCUGGAGGCAACUUUGAUGGAUGUCCGGAAUGGCGUUUGUCUUUCCCGAAAGGAGGAUGCAUCGAGUUUGGAGAGGCACUUCUUCGCGCUGCUGACAUGGCAUCUAGAGCUCGUCCAUUUGCUGCUCCACCAGCAUAUGGUGGAAAUAUGCAACAGCAAUCAGGCACUACGUACUAUGCUGCUCCACCGACAUACUACUUGGUGCAAGGGACAUACCAAGGAUUCCAAGCUCCGACGAACGUUUUUCCUGAGCGCCCACCUGCACAAAACGUCUACGUUUACGACAUGCCUCCACCAUACCCAGGAAUCGGACAAACCACGCCGUAUCCUGCCGGACAAUUCCAGCCAGUCGGAACCGUCCAGUACCAGAAUGUUGGGGCGUACCCUGGACAACCUCAACAGCCAGGACAAUACCAUCCUUAUCCAACUAAUCAACCACCGCAGGGAGGAUUCAACGUCGGACAAGGAGCUGCUCCUCAUCCUUCUACUCUUCCAGAUUAUAACAAUAUUCAACAACAAUCUAGCGCUCAGCCACCAGCCUACAAUGCUUACCAAGAAGCUCCACCACUUCCAUCCAAAAAUGGACCGUUGUAAAGUUUUAAUUUAUCCGCUUAAAGCUUAUGAGCUUGUAUUUUUCAAAAGUUCGUGGCUUUUCGACUCUUCAAUCCAAUGAUUCCCGUCCUCGCUUUGUCCGUCUCCCCGCAUGUUUAUAUACAACGGUGAUGUUUAAUUUACUGAAUGAAUGUAAUUAUUUUGAUUUUAUUGGAAUAUCAAUUAAAGUAUAAAACAAGAAAAAAAAGAAUAACUGAACCG